CUUGACGUUCCUCACCGCUCAACUUCAAGUCCAUCUUUCCUCCUUCUCUCUUCUCCUCUUCCUCUUACCUACUCCCCGUCGACUGUCUCCCCCAGUCUAUCCAACAACCCUUCGCCAACCACCUCUUCGCCUUUUUCAAACCCACCCUAUCCUUCCAACACCGUCAAUAUUCCUUCCACAAUGCGUGAGAUCGUUCACCUUCAGACCGGCCAGUGUGGUAACCAAAUAGGUGCCGCUUUCUGGCAGACCAUCUCUGGCGAGCAUGGCCUUGACGGCUCCGGUGUUUACAAUGGCUCCUCCGAUCUCCAGCUGGAGCGUAUGAACGUCUACUUCAACGAGGCCAGCGGAAACAAGUAUGUCCCUCGUGCCGUCCUCGUCGAUCUUGAGCCCGGUACCAUGGACGCCGUCCGUGCCGGUCCCUUCGGUCAGCUGUUCCGUCCCGACAACUUCGUUUUCGGCCAGUCCGGUGCUGGUAACAACUGGGCCAAGGGUCACUACACCGAGGGUGCCGAACUGGUUGACCAGGUUGUCGAUGUUGUCCGUCGCGAGGCUGAGGGUUGCGACUGCCUCCAGGGUUUCCAGAUCACCCACUCCCUCGGUGGUGGUACUGGUGCCGGUAUGGGUACUCUCCUGAUCUCCAAGAUCCGUGAGGAGUUCCCCGACCGUAUGAUGGCCACCUUCUCCGUUGUCCCCUCCCCCAAGGUCUCCGACACCGUUGUUGAGCCUUACAACGCCACCCUUUCCGUCCACCAGCUUGUUGAGCACUCCGACGAGACUUUCUGUAUCGACAACGAGGCUCUGUAUGACAUCUGCAUGCGCACCCUCAAGCUCUCCAACCCCUCUUACGGUGACCUGAACCACCUGGUCUCUGCUGUCAUGUCCGGCGUGACCACCUGUCUCCGUUUCCCCGGUCAGCUCAACUCUGAUCUUCGCAAGUUGGCCGUCAACAUGGUUCCUUUCCCUCGUCUCCACUUCUUCAUGGUUGGCUUCGCUCCUCUGACCAGCCGCGGCGCCCACUCCUUCCGUGCCGUCUCCGUUCCUGAGUUGACCCAGCAGAUGUUCGACCCCAAGAAUAUGAUGGCUGCUUCUGACUUCCGUAACGGCCGUUACCUCACCUGCUCUGCCAUCUUCCGUGGAAAGGUCUCCAUGAAGGAGGUUGAGGACCAGAUGCGCAACAUCCAGAGCAAGAACCAGACCUACUUCGUUGAGUGGAUCCCCAACAACAUCCAGACCGCCCUGUGCUCCAUUCCUCCCCGUGGUCUCAAGAUGUCCUCCACUUUCAUCGGAAACUCCACCUCCAUCCAGGAGCUCUUCAAGCGUGUCGGCGACCAGUUCACUGCUAUGUUCCGUCGCAAGGCUUUCUUGCAUUGGUACACUGGUGAGGGUAUGGACGAGAUGGAGUUCACUGAGGCUGAGAGCAACAUGAACGACCUUGUCUCUGAGUACCAGCAGUACCAGGACGCCUCCAUCUCCGAGGGUGAGGAGGAAUACCUCGAGGAGGAGCCCCUUGAGCACGAGGAGUAAAUAGCUUCCAGUCACUGAAGACUCGGAUUGAGAUCUGACAGCAAUACCCUUGAUAAGUCCAUGUUCUCUGUGGCUCUGGCCUGGUUCACGGGUCUUGGUCAUUACAUUAUUUUGUCCGAGCGUUUUUAAUAACUUUCCUGUUCUUAAUUUCGAAAGGCCUGUAGAGCCCUUGAGACUAUUGAAAUCAAACAGCACAUAGUUCAAAAGCAAUCAACUGGUGCAGUAUUUUGUACAGCCCUAGUCCCA